AUGCUGUCUGCUCUACUGCUUUUAGACCUUCUUGCGAGGUAUAUUAUCAUGGUUUAUUUGCAUUUCCCAACAUCGUUAUCAGAAGAAGAGUUGAUGUUGCAAGCUAAAUAUGCAAAGCUGAAAAAGAAAAAAAAGGCUCUACAAGCUUUGAAGUCGCCACGACCUGAGCAGGAAAGAGCCCCUACUACACCUAAGCGGCCUGCAGAGGCAAGAGAUGCCAAAGAGGUAGUUAAGAAGUUGCUGAAGUCAGGAGCAAUCCCAGCCAUUGCAAAGACUCCCAAGAGACCUGAGCAAGCUGGCUUCAAACGGCCAGCUGGUCUUGAACGCAAACUCUCAGGUACAGAACGUACUGUCAGCGGCUACCAGCCCUUCUCUGCUACUCAUCCGGAAGAAGCUGAGCCUGAACCAAGAUCUAAAGGAAAGAGUAUAUACGAAAGUUUAGUGUCUGCCCGAGAUCGUGAAGAGCGUGGCUUAGCAGAGAAGCCUGAUGGCCGUCCAGAUAAACCUCGUCAGGGGAAUACAAUAUUUGUAACUGGCCACAAUAUAACAGAAGAUUUCUUAAAAAAGGCUUUCCAGACAUGUGGAACUAUUGUAAAUGUGACAAUGGAAAUUGAAAAGCACCGAGGCUUUGUGACGUUUGACAAAGUGGAAUCAGCUGAUCGAGCCAUAAAUGAGCUUGAAGGUUGUGUUGUUUCUGGGAUUCAAUUGAAAGUUUCUUUGGCUAGACGGCAGCCUGUGAUUCAACCGAUUAAUGAUGCAACAUCAUCCUCUGCAUGGUCCACUAUAGCUGCAAACAGAUCUCAGAAGGGCAGUCAUAAAGAUACGAGAGAAAUUGUUCAAUAUGUAGAACACAUGUUUGAUUAACAUUCCAGAACAUAAGCAUAUAAUCAUUAGUGAUGAUGUGAACAUUAAUGACAAUAGGUCAAAUUUUUGAAAAAAUGUUCCUAACUGAUUAGAAUGGAUAUCACAAUAUUUAGGGAGUCCUCUAAAAUGUAAUGUGUGUAGCCUUAAAGAAUACGUUCAUAAAAAGAAUGUGGGCAAUGAGAAGACAUGACACCAUUUAUUUUAUUUAACAUGACUACCGUUUAUUUUUUUUAUAAGUAACAAUUGAAAGUGCACCUAAAUGAAGAGAGAAGGAAGUUGGAAGUUUCCAAUACAUCAGUUAUGCAACAAUACUGCAUAACUGUAUUAUCAAUAAAAAAAAUUAUAUUCAUUAGUGAGUGCUUUCAUAAAAAGUUUGCUUAGUUCUGACCAGUGCAAAUUUACUUAGUAUCUCAGUCUUAUUGAAAUGUAGUUUGUAUAAUUGCAACAAUUGUACGUAUGUCAGUGAGUAAUUGUUUUAUUUUUACAUUGGGAUUUUAUAUGUUGCUAUUCUAAAAAUGGAAAUUGUAUCUACAGUUUUUGAAAAUAAUUAUUUCAUUGAUUAAUGAUAGCAGUAACUAGAAGAUUAAUUUUAGUGUGUUUUUUUAAGUUAAUGUUUGUAUAUUGUGAGUUUAAAAGUUUUAAUAAAAAUAUUUCUUAUAUUUA